AUGACGAGCCUUCCAGUCACCGCAUACUUUAUUCUUCUAGGACUUGCUUCAGCGUACGCUGGGAUAAUUUUAUGGGCGACUAAAUCGCGGAUCAGCAAUAGGAGACAGUGGGGCUUUUAUUUUCAAGCCCAGUGCAGCCUGACUCGGAACCUGGAUGGACCUCAGUGAAAAGGGCUGGUGUACAGUGAAACGACUGUCCCCAAUUAGCCCGGAGCCGUCCUCUUUCACCCACAGGUACCUCGGCAGAAAACCCAGUGCUGCGUCUGCGCCCGACGGUUUACGUUCACCUCCGGCUACCCCUUUGGACGCUCAUCCAGCGGAAGGAAGAUCGCUAACAUCGCAUCUUUUCUGGAGUCAUCAAGUAGCAUCAACCGUUUCGGAGGACAUAACACUUUUCACGGAUUUGGACCAAGGCAAUACGCUCAUAGUUUCUUGUGGAACCUCUAAGGGAAAUAUACCAGUGGAACACAGUGACAUGUAUCAGACUCUAGCAACCAUGGCUGCUGCACAGGGGCCUGCAGGGUACGACGGGUCCACAGGCACUUUUAUGCACUCCAGCACAGCACCUCCCGUGUACGUGCCAACAACUAGGGUCGGACCUAUGAUCCCCAGCCUGCCGUACCUACAAGGCAGUGGAGCAACGCAGUCAAGCCAUGCGGUCAAUAGCUCAACAGUAUGGCCGCAAUCGGCUCCAGAGAGCCCGUCCUAUGGCACUGGUAGUCCCCACGCUACUAACCGUUUCCACUACUCUCCUAGUCCUCCGAUUAAUAACGGAGCUUCUAGGGAGGCCACCUACAGCAACAGCCAGUACAGCAGCCUGACCAGGCCUUUAAACGGAUCGUAUACCAGCCCAUAUUCAGCGUAUGUGAGUCCGCAGCUUACCAGCGCGUGGCCCGGGGGACCGUUUGACAACACGAUGCUGCACACCUUACAGAGCCGAGGGACGCCGCUACCCAUGCGAGGACCCAGCGGAGAUAUUUUGGACGAUAUGGCGGAAAGCAGAGAGUGUGUGAACUGCGGCUCAAUUUCUACUCCGCUCUGGAGACGAGACGGAACCGGUCACUAUCUAUGUAAUGCCUGCGGGCUGUACAGCAAGAUGAAUGGACUCAGCCGACCGCUCAUCAAGCCUCAGAAGCGAAUGUCUUCGUCCAGACGGAUUGGCCUGUCAUGUGCAAACUGUCACACCAGUACGACCACGUUAUGGCGCAGAAAUGCAGAAGGCGAACCGGUGUGCAACGCGUGCGGGCUUUACACCAAACUACACGGGGUACCAAGACCACUUGCAAUGAAGAAAGAAGGUAUUCAGACAAGGAAACGAAAGCCAAAGAAUCUCAGUAAAUCAAAGACGUCAUGUGGUAAUGGUAAUGCAGUACCCAUGACUCCAACAUCCACAUCAUCCAAUUCAGAUGACUGUAUAAAAAAUGGAUCUCCUUCAAGUCAAGUGGCUAAUUCUGGGGUUACUUCUGAAAUGCAGUCCCAAGGGGAGAACACAAAUCCUGGAAAUACCACGUUGAAGUUUUCAGGUCCAGAGGGCCUUUAUGGAGGAGUAAGCCUGAGCUCUACUGCUGAGGUCACUGCUUCAGUUCGUGGAGACACAUGGUGUGCUUUGGCCCUUGCUUAAUAAUUCACUGGAUGAAGGCUAAUUCUGUCUUCUGUUGACUCCACCUGCAGUUCAAUGGCCUUGUUACCUAACACUGCUGGGAUAGAACACUACACAAGAAUUUUUCAUUUUUCUCUCUUUGGGUUGAUGGAUGAACACUAGAGGGUUUGAUUUUUGGCAAGAAUACACAAAAUAAGAUGAAACUUGAGGUUAUGGAUAGAAGAGAUACAACUGUUGAAAGCCAAGAAACCUUUUAGUUUUCUUCUCCAAUAACAUGUGGAAAGUUUGCCUUGAAAACCCUGGCUGUGCUGCCUUUGAUUUGCCUUAGCGUUAUCUAUUGUUAUUAUUAUUAUUUUUUGGUUGAUCUUCAAUGGGUACUUUCUGAAUGAAUGUUUGUUGUUUUUUUGUUUUUGAAAUCAAAUGCGAUGACUGAUCACUUCACAAACUGUUAUUUAUACACAGCAGGGUUCCAUAAAAAAGUAAGGCUUUAACCCAAACUAAGUUGGCCAAAAAGCUGGCAGUGAUGGGCAUCAUUCAAAUCCUAAACCGUAGUUCCAGAAUGUUUUGAGCAGUAUGUUUAGAGAUUCUGGCAAUCUCAUCUUUUUCACACUUUCACCAGUUUGAUCUUUACCUUUCUCUACUCUGGUGAAAGAAGGAGAAGGUGCAUUUCCAGUCCAAGGCUAAUCCUCGAGUGGAUACUGCCUGAAGGCGUACAGGCCUGGAGCGGCCCACCUGUGCAAAGUUUUACUUCUAUAAACACCCCGUAAAAGAAGUGCACUCCUACAAAGGACUGGUUUCAAGGCUGUGGCCUACUCACACCUCUCAAACAUAACCAAAUUAUUUGUUGCUAUGAAGUCUGUGCGGGACAAAAGAAAAUUAACUGGAUUCGCCUGUUCUUUUUCCUUGGUCAAUAAACUGUGGUUCUGUUACUGCCAACUGGAAAACAAUAUAAAAUGCAAAAAUAUACACAGCUGGGAUUUAUUUACAUUUUAAUGGUGAGCAAUGGAUUGUUUUUAAAGGAUUUAUUUUGCAUCAGUAAACAACAAAGAAUGAAACCCACAUCCACACCGAGCAAUGCCACAGCAGAACAGAACUGAUUCAUCCUUGGAGCUGGCAUAAAGUUGCUAAAAAAUAAUCUGCAAUAUUGAAAGUUUUUCUUGACAUUAUUGGUUGAAACAGGGUAGCAAACAACAAAAUUUCUUAACUUCUGUUAGUUUGCAUUUUAUUCCAUGUGCAAUUUGUCUUGCAGCAGUCAGUGUUAAAUCAAAUGUUUCUGAUUUAACAUUUUUUCUUUACUCUUAAUGGUACUAAUCUAAUUUAAAGAGGUUUGCUAAACAACUGCAAAGUGGUUGAGAGUUUUGGAGGUUAAAAGAUUAUUCCAAUCUUAGUUAAAUUAACAGAAAAACAAUAAUAUAACAAAAAACUGUUAAAGAACAAAUUUCACUCAGGAAAUUUUUACUGAUGCAUUUUUUUUGUAAGUUUGUAAAAUAUA